AUGACUGCUUUACCAGAUCCGACCGUCGACCUUGACUGGUCCGGCUAUGUCGGAUCAAUCCAAGAUAUCUUCGGAAAAAAUGCUCAAACCCAUCCGGAUCGCACGUGCGUCGUCGAAACUGCUUCCGCCGAAGGCCCCGAACGUCGAUACACAUAUAAACAAAUCUAUGAGGCAUCAAACACACUCGCCCACUAUCUCCACGAUGCCGGUAUCACAAACGAUGACGUUGUCAUGAUUUUCGCCCAUCGAUCGGUUGAUCUGGUAGUUGCCAUCAUGGGAACAUUGUCCUCCGCAGCAACCUUCACAGUCCUGGACCCCGCAUACCCUCCGGCCAGACAAAAGAUAUACCUCGAAGUCGCUCAGCCCCGUGCAUUGAUAAAUAUUGGAAGAGCCACCGAUGAAGCCGGUGUUCUUGCGCCUAUUGUCCGGAGUUAUAUCGACGAUGAAUUGAACCUCAAGGCAGAGGUGCCAUCACUUCGCAUCGGGGACGAUGGAACAUUGUCUGGUGGAGAGAUUGACGGAAAAGACGUGUUCUCUGAGGCCUUACGAAAAGCAUCUGCUCCCCCUCCUACACAAGUCGGACCUGACAGCAAUCCCACGUUGUCUUUCACUUCAGGAUCCGAGGGACGACCUAAGGGUGUCUUGGGCAGACAUUACAGUCUCUGCAAAUAUUUUGCUUGGAUGGCCGAGCGUUUUGGAUUGAGCUCAGAAAGCAAGUUCACCAUGCUUAGUGGAAUUGCACACGAUCCGAUCCAACGAGAUGGCAAGUCAAUACGACCACUUCAAAUCAUGCCCUCACGGUCUGAUAUCGCCCACGAAAGACUGGCCGAGUGGAUGGCUAAGUACUCGCCAACAGUGACUCACUUGACUCCUGCCAUGGGACAGAUUCUUGUCGGUGGAGCUAGUGCAACUUUCCCUAGUCUCAAGAGUGCUUUCUUCGUCGGAGACGUCCUGACUACAAGAGACUGCAAAGCCUUACGAGCCCUUGCCGAGAACGUCAAUAUAAUCAACAUGUACGGAACGACCGAAACACAGCGUGCCGUGAGCUAUUACUCCAUUAAAAGUAGAGCCGAGGACCCCAAUGGCAUGGACCACCUCAAGGACACCGUGCCCGCAGGAACAGGUAUGCAAAACGUGCAAUUACUUGUCGUCAACCGUGAAGACCGCAACAAAAUGUGUACAGUGGGAGAGACUGGUGAAAUCUACGUUCGGGCAGCUGGAUUGGCCGAAGGUUACCGUGGUGAUCAAGCCUUGAACGAUCUCAAAUUCGUGCAGAACUGGUUCGUUGACAAUAACAAAUGGGUCGAGUUAGACCAAAAAAAUAACAAAGGCGAGCCGUGGAGGAAGUACUACAAGGGACCCCGAGAUCGUCUGUACCGAACUGGUGACCUGGGUCGUUAUUUGGAAUCUGGCGACGUUGAAUGUACUGGCAGAGCUGAUGAUCAAGUCAAGAUCCGUGGCUUCCGUAUUGAACUCAAUGAUAUUGACAGCAACUUGAGCCAAAACCCUAUGAUCAGAGACUGCAAGACCCUCGUCAGACGAGACAGAAACGAGGAACCCACACUGGUCAGCUACAUUGUUCCGGAGAUGAAAUUAUGGCCACAAUGGCUCGAAUCCCACGGCUUGGAAGACGUUCCCGAUGAGGGAACUGACUUUGGUGUUACCAAAGUCUACCUCAAAAAAUUCAGAGCAAUGCAGACCGAGGUCAGAGAUCAUGUGAAGGGCAGACUUCCCAGUUACGCAGUACCCAGUCUUUUCAUCUUCUUGAAAGCACUGCCAUUGAACCCCAACGGCAAGGUUGACAAACCAAAUCUUCCAUUCCCUGAUAUUUCUGAACAGACAGAGGUUGCCUCUGCUGAUGACCUCAAGAGAUGGGAGUCUUUGACGGAGACCGAGAGAACUGUCGCCACAAGAUGGGCUACUCUUGUUCGUGGCUUGAACGAAAAGAAAGUAUCUCCCGAUGAUGAUUUCUUUACCCUUGGUGGACACAGUCUUUUAGCGCAGCAGAUGUUGCUUGACAUUCGCAAAGAGACUGGAGCGCAAGUUUCGAUCAAUAUUCUCUACGAACAUUCGACAUUACGGGCGUUCAGCGCUCAAAUCGACAAGCAACUCCAUGGAGGAGAAACACAAGAAGAGAGCCAAGAGGAUCCCGCUUACGCAAAGUCUUUGGAUCACUUACUCACGACACUGCCGGAAAAGUUUCAAGCCGCCGACCCAUCUACCGUGCGAGCAUCUGCGAGCCCAACGGUUUUCAUCACUGGAGCAACUGGUUUCUUAGGAGGUUUUAUCAUUAAGGAUCUUCUAGAGCGAAACACCCGACAACUACGUAUCAUCGCACAUGUCCGUGCUAAAGAUGCUGAGUCUGGUAUGGCACGUCUCGAGCGUUCACUCAAGGGUUACGGUCUGUGGCAAGACCAGUGGAAGUCGCGUCUUAGCUGCGUUGCAGGGGAUCUCGCGAAGCCACAGCUAGGUUUGAGCGAUGAGGAAUGGCAAAGAUUAGCGCAAGAAGUAUCCGUGAUCAUUGCCAAUGGUGCCACGGUCCACUGGGUGAAACGAUACCAGGAGAUGAUGGCUGCUAAUGUGUUGUCGACUAUUGAAGCCAUGAAGCUUUGCAACAUUGGCAAGCCCAAGAUCUUCACAUUCGUGUCUUCAACUAGUGUACUCGAUACUGAGCACUAUGUCCGUCUUUCUGAGAAGCAGAUCAGCACUGGCGAGGGCGCUAUAACUGAGGACGAUGAUAUGCAGGGUAGCCGUCGCCACUUGGGUACUGGUUAUGGUCAGACCAAGUGGGUUUCCGAGCACCUUGUUAGAGAGGCAGGUAGGAGAGGUCUUCGUGGCUCCGUAAUUCGAGCUGGAUAUAUUCUAGGAUGCUCCCAGACUGGAACUUGCAACACCGACGAUUUCCUCAUCAGAUUCUUGAAGGGAUCUAUUCAAUUACACUCUCGCCCCCGCAUCGUCAACACAGUCAACUCCGUUCCAGUCAACCACGUCGCCCGCGUCGUUGUUGCAGCAGCCCUUAACCCUCUUGAAGGCGUCAACGUCGUCCACGUCACCGGCCACCCCCGCCUCCGCAUGAACGAAUACCUCUCAAUCCUAGAAUACUACGGCUAUGAUGUCCCCGAAAUUAGCUACGAAGACUGGAAGCAUGAUCUUGAAAAGUACGUUUCUGCCGGUGGUCAGGAGAAGGAUCAAGAACAACACGCUCUCAUGCCAUUAUAUCAUUUCUGUGUGAAUGAUCUACCGGGAAACACAAAGGCGCCUGAACUCGAUGAUCGGAAUGCAGUCAAGAUUCUUAAGCUAGAUGCAGACCACUGGACGGGUGUUGAUGAGAGCGCAGGUUACGGAAUCAGUCGCGAGGAUGUUGGCCGGUAUUUGCGCUACUUGUGUGAGACUGGUUUCAUUAGCUGGCCCACGGGUAGAGGCCGACCACUCCCAGAGGUCCGUCUUACCGCUGAUCAGCUUCAAGUUGUGGGAGCGGUCGGAGGUCGUGGUGGUGUUUCUCAAUAG